UAGUUUUUUCAUUCAUAAUGGAUAAAAAAUCACCGAAAUUAGUCAUUUUAGAAUACUUACAACAGCAAAACCGACCUUAUAGUGCAAUUGAUAUCUUUAAUAAUCUUCACAAAGAAUUAGGUAAAACAGUAGUGGUAAAAACUCUUGAAACAUUAGCUGAGGAAAAAAAAAUAAUAGAAAAAAUUUAUGGCAAACAAAAAAUUUAUUCACCAAUUCAAAAUGAAAACGAAUGUCAUGACGAAAGCCAAGUGAAAUCUCUUGAUAUAUUGAUAGCAGAUUUACAAGAAAAGGUUUCUAUUCUUCAACAAGAAUCUAAGCAGCUUGAAGGACAAUUAGCAAACUUUAAAAAUCAGUUAACAACUGAUGAAGCAAAGAUCAAAAUUCAAUAUUUAGAAAAAGAGAAUAUGGCGCUCAAAGAGAAAAUAUUUACUUUAAAAGAUAAUAAAAAUUCAGUGACAAAAGAAGAUUUCAAAAAAAUUCAAUCAAAAAAAGAUUUAGCAACAACUUUUUGGAGAAAAAGAAAAAGAAUGGCUAACGAUAUUUUAGAUACAAUUCUUGAAGGAUAUCCAAAGUCUAAAAAAGAACUUCUUGAUGAGACUGGGCUGGAAACAGAUGAGGAUGUUGGCGUUGUAAUGAACAAAUAGUUUUUUUUUACAGCUUUUUUGAUAAUUUUUUUAAAAUUGUUUUAAUAGUUUAUCAUUUUCCAAUAUCAUUAUCUAUUAUAUAGUUUAAUGACAUUGAAAA